CCCAAAGGGCGAGCGGGAAGGCGGGGAGCUGCAGUGUCAAGGAACAGACAGGACGUUCUCCAGGAAAGUGGAGGGUCACGAGGUCGCUCUCAGGGCCUGAGGGCCAGCAGAGACAGGAAGUCUGACACUCGCUGGAACAGCGCAGCCAUGCUGAAGAAGCCUAUGGGAAACAGCCCGCGUCCCGCACUGUCAGAGCCGGCCCCACGCCUCCCCACCUGGGCUCGGGGCUGCAGGGAGCGUGCACUCCUUACGGGAAAGACUGGGCUGACCGCAGGAGCGGCCCAGGGCCAGGACAGUUGCAUGAGAAAGCAGAAAUGUGUGUGGGCUGUAGAACGGAUUUCGGGAGUGUCUUUAAAAAAUAUUUAUUUACCAAGAAGGAAGAAGCCUUGCUCGUUCCAUUCUAGUUAUACAGAUUUAUUGUUUUCUCAACUUUACCUUUUUGGCUACUGCCAGCCGUGUCGCUGUUAAUAUCUUUGCACACGUCUUUUGAUAGACAGAUAUCCACACCUCUGCUGAGUACACCCAGGGUAGAAUUGCGGCCCACAGGGUAAUAUACACGCUGGUGUGAGCUUUUCACAGUCUUGUGCCAAUUUAUAUUUUCACUACCAGGGCACAAGCGUUUGAGUUGCUUUAUAGCAUCGCCAACGAUACGUGGCAUUGUCUUUUCAUGUGACAGUUCUAGUGGACAUGGCUGUCUUUUAAAACAAGGCAUUCAACGAAGCAUUGUGUAUAGGAGUAAGCAGCUAGAAAUGGCUUCAUUACAUUAACAGGCAUUUAUACACUGAAGGGAAGUCCUGAAGCUCCGGGAGCCUUUCCUAGACUCUCUCACUUCCUCCUCUCCUGCGCUCAUCCUGGCGGGUUCUGUUUGUUCUGCCUGAAGUGAUCUCCCAGUUCCUUCAGAGAUGCUGGAGCCCAUUCUCCAGGUCUCCCCGUCACCCUCCUCGGGAGACCCCUCCAUCACCCAGUCUGGAUUAACUGCCGUGUCAUUGUCUCCUCUUAGAAACCAGUUCUUUUUCUUCACUGAAGCUAAACAGUUUCUAACUCUGUGUAACGCUGUGUUGUGCUCUCCACAAACACAGGCACCGCUGGCACCAGGCCCUGGUGUGGGAAUCUCCUAGCACACACACAGGAGAGAUGACAGAGACAAAUGAUAUGAUCACAGGUGGUCACCAAUGCAGCAGAGGAAGUGAGGCAAACACUGGUCAGGGGAAGUCUGCUGGGGAGGUAAUAUCUGAAUUGAGAUUCCAAAGAAUGAUAAAAAUCCAGUGCUGCAAAGAUAUGGGAGAGAUUAUACCAAGCAGAGGAAGGAGUAAGUGUAAAGGCCCUGGGCUAGCUUGACUGAGGGUAGAGAGAGCACCAAGGUGAGGGUUGUAGCAGAGGAGACUGCGAAGCAGCUUGACAUCCUGUGAAGGCAAAGCUUAGAGCGCUGGAUGCUAUGAAAGCCCAAGAAGAAGUAUUGUGGGGAGAGAAUGCUCAAUGGCGGGAAUGGGAAAUCGGUCCUUGAGUCAACAACCUGAGGUUGCUGGAAGGUGGAUAAGGAAGUUGGUGUUGGGCGUAGGGCAUCUGGGGAUAGAAAGAAGCCUGUUGAAGGGAGACUUGGAGCACAGCGGAGGGCCUGGCCUCUUAUGGGUGUGUGUGUUACGGAGUAUUCUGCACCCUGAUUUCCAGCUCUCAGCUCCUGGGGUCUUACUCUUCUUUGCCCCAUCAGGGCUUAGAACUGCAGAGCUGGUGCACAAUAGAUGCUCACUAUCCAUGCAAGCAACGCUCCUCAGAUAGGAUCCGAUGCCGGGCUAGCGAGUGCUGAACACAUGGGAGCAGGGAUGUCACUAUGCUCCUACUAUUCCUCUAGUUUGUUAAAUUGGAAAAUUGCAGUGUUGGGAGAACUGUGGUACCUGCACAGGUAUAAUCGUGAAGAUGGAAUAAAAUGCCAACCGUGAAAUCAGCCGCUCUUCAUUGCAGCCAUGAGUGAGGGCUCCCUGGAGCAGACGAUGGGCUCUGCUCUCUGAGACACCUGGCGUGUUUGCCCCUGAAAUUUUACUUGCACAGUCCGUUCAAACUGGCUUCAGCACAGACACUUCCUCAUGAACUGAAAGUCAGCCAAAAGACACAGAACAAAGAGCUGUGUCACUGUCGGCCUCUUGGAUGAGGCACUGUGUUCCACAGACGCCCUCUUGAAAGGAUCUUACCCAUCAGCUGGGAAGUCCCAUCCACAGAGGCUUAAUGACAUUCCCUAGUGAGACAAAAUGGAAGAGUUUCCCAAAUCCAUUAAAUCCUGAGAUUUACAAAUGGACUUAAAAGGCUAAGAUUCAGGGCAUGCACUAAACAGGGAGGAAUGAGGUUGGUUUGCUGAGAAAGUCCUAGGUGUUGCACUAGGACCUCAUAUAUUAUUUAAUUCUCAAAACAGGUAAUUACCCAGCAAUUAUUCUUCUCCUGUGAAAGCAGGGGAAACUGAGGUUUAAAAAUGCAUGCACAGGGGCGCCCUGCUACAUACAGACAGCACAGCCAGGCAUUCAGACUCAAGUGAGUCUGGUGUCAAGCCUGUGGGGGCAGAGGCAGGGCUGGGUGUGAAGUUUGCUGCGGCUCAGCCUUUGUCCUUUGUUCCUGGCGCUGGGCCCCUCCCCCAGCCCUUUGCUCACACGUGCUGUGCGCCUGUGGCCUCCCUGCCCUGGUUCCAGGACGCUGGUGUGUCUCAUCUUCCUUCCCUCCUCUGUGUGAGGACAGGCAGCUAUUUGUCUGGAAGCCAAGGACAGUGGGCAAGGGCUCAAGCUCAUUUUGCUUCCAGAGUGGGGAGAUGGCUUUGCUCUAUGGAAACCAUCAAUUCAGGGGGGAUGAAUUUAGCUGCCCUCCCUAGCUGGUGGUGGGGAGGCGGGCAGGGUCCUGUAGCCAGAGAUGUAGGCUUAGCUCCAAAAGGGCUUUUGUCUAAGGCCGGGCCUCAGGCCAGGGUGACAUUCUUUGGUGGAGGCUGCCAGGCCACCACUGAGUUGGGCACCUGCAAAACAGAGAGGGAAAGAGUGAGGAGUCUGUCUUUCUUCCAGAGAAGAGGGAGCCUGGAGGGUGGAAUCUGCUGUUUGGUCCCGCGGGGUUUUGAGGCCACACCAGCAGGUGCUUCAGGCUUGGGAGAAGGUGCCAAGGCCCGGACUGGCCAGAGAUGUGGACGACUGACUUUUCAGCUUCUGCCAGACAUUCAAGACACAAAGCCGUGGUUGUCAGCAGCAGAUCCAGCCGCACCGCUGCCCUGGGGUCUGAAAGACUGCAUCGCGCCUUCCUCCGCCGCUGCAGACAAAGGCCGUCUUAUACACACCAUCUAUUUCAGUCAUUUUCUGAGCACUGUGGAAUAUUUUCAAGCUAUCCCUUUUAAGCAUUAUCUCUUGGCAGUUAGGAAAAUAGAUCUAUUGCAAACACCGAGUUUCUGAAAAAGGAUUUAAAAAUAGCUCCGGGUGCUAGACAGCUGCUGCUAUUGGGAAAUUGAGCCCUUUGCUUGCACUUUUGCCGGUUUCCAUUUCAAUCUUGCAGCUGGAAAUCAGUGGCUCUUCCUCAGAUGGGUCCAAAUGCGGAGUGGGAGGGCACAGAGCACAGCCCACUCUUGACUUGGGGUCACGCUUCCCGACCUGCACGCUGAGAGGCACCCACACUCCGAAGCCAGCAAAGCCUAUCCAGUGUGUCUUUAUAUCUGGAAAUAGGAAGAAUGAACCUGCUGGUUUUGUCAUGCAAAUUAUAGGCGGCAAAUUGAGUAGAGUCCUCUUGACUGGCAGGGGGAGACAGCAAACACAUCAACUGAUAACCGCAUGUUUGCAUGCACUGUUUCAUGGGACAGGAGACAAGGCCAUGAUGUAGAUGUCAAUGCCAUGCCUGUCUUGUGAGGGUGCAGCCUGAGGAGAGUCAUUGCGGAGGGACCUGUCCUGAGUCCCAGAGCCGCGGCGGAGGGGAGCAGGGUUUGAAACACACCAGCCUCCAAGGCCUGCCCUUACCUUGUGAGCACCGUGUAUCACUUUGCUACUGGGGCGGAAGGGACAUGAGACUUUGAUGGUUUCCAGAGAGAAUCAAAAGGAGGAUUUUGAUGUUUCUCCUUCCGUUUUUUGCUUAGAAGCAGAAACACUCAGGAGUGAACAUACAGAAAACUCCACUCUAAACAUAGCUCUGUUAUAAGGACAUUCAGUAUGUUUUUGCUCUGUAAAUGAAUGACAACACUUUAAAUAAAUGAAAACCCUCAACCUCCUUGAGGCAUCAUUUCUUCAUAUGUAAAAUGGAUAUAAUAACAUCUUUUGACAGGCUUCACAUCAUUUUCUAUGAAGAUCAAAUGAGGUAAUGAACGAUUUACAGUAAAUACACUGGAAAUUAAUUGUAGAAGUUAGGUAAAGUUUAGGUAGUUAAUUCAACCAAUGGCUAUGGAGCACCUAUUGUGUACUAGACAUUGUUCUAGAUGCUGGGGUAGUGUUCUAGAUACCAGUAACUGAAGGACAUGAGUGCCUUGCUUGUGUCCUAUCUAGGAGAUGGCAAAUAAACAGGGCACCUAAUAUCUAGGUAAAAUUUUCAAAUUAUGUUGUGGUAAUAUGCAGUCAUCCCUCAGUGUCAUUUGAAGUGAUGACCAAAAUCCACAGGUGCUCAGGUCCCCAAUGUGAAAUGGUGUAAUGUUUGCAUGUAACUCAGGCACAUCUUCCAGUGUACUUUAAAUCAUCUCUUAAUACUUAUUGUUAUGGUUAAUACAUUGUGUCAAUCUGAGAAGCUUAGAAGUUUAACUGAGAGCCUCAGGCAGGGUCCUUACUUUGUAAAUAUCCUCAUCUGAUGCAAGAGGAGGGUAAGGAGAUUUUUGUGAGUGCUACACCUUCCCUGGAGUGGGGGUGGCCUGUGUACUAUACGAGGGAGGAGAAGAUGUUUGCUCUUCUCCCCUUUUGCUUUGGCUGCUGCCUUGAAAUGUUGCCCCUGUGCCCUGCCAACCUGCCUUGGAGCCAGCUGAUUGUGGAUUGAAACCUCCACAAACAGUGAGAUAAAUAAGCCUUUCUUUCCUUCAUUUUGGGGGUUGGGUGUUUUGUCCCAGCAAUAAGAGAAAAGUAACCAAGACAGGAUUUAGUACCAGAGGAGUGGGGUUCAUUGCUGUGACUGUACCAGAACAUGUGGUUCAAGAGCCUUUGGGAAUGGUUUGUGGUAAGAGUUUGGAAAGGGUCAGAGAUGUCACCUGAAUGCAUAGAGCUGAAACAGCUUAGGCUGUUCUGCAGGGGAGAUUCUGUUCAGAGCUCAGGAGACCAGAAGGCUGACAGAAAUCCUGCCGGUAAAGACCAGGCUAGGGAAGUUUCUGCUGAAAAGGACUGCACUGGGUGCUGGACUCCCCAUGAUGUGUGUUACGGCUUGGUAGAAAGUUUGUCUGCAUUUUUCUCGUGUCCAGAGACUUUGCCUGAGACUGGGAUAAGGAUUGAUUAAUCUGCAGAAAAAGUUUCAAGGCAGUCAAAUGUCGAGGCUGUGGAAUUGCUAUUGUUGGGGGCUUUUAGCCAGCUGUAUGUUGAGAACCAAGAGCAAAGGGUGAUGAUAUAAAGAGCAGGAUGAUGUAAAGCAUUGCCAGUUUGACCAGGAAGGAGGCACCAAUAAAGCUGUGGACUGUAUAGACAGACCUGAGGAGAUCUUGAUUGCUGAGAAGAAACAGGAAAAUAGAGAAGAUGGCCUGAAGGCAUCACAAAAAGCAGCAAGUCUCGAACCUUUGCAGCCUCAAAAUUGAAAAAGUGAAAGACUUUGCUCUGGGGCAAAAGCCAGAGAACACCAUGUUCCAGAGUGGCAGCAUCAUAAAACUUUUUUCCUCAGAGUUGGAUUCAGAGUACCCAGUGAUCCAGGCACUUGACCCAUAUAGCCAAGAGAGAAGAAAGCCUGGCUAUUGCUUCAGCUGGCAACAGACCUUGCCAUCAUCCACAUGGUGCUGGUUUUAGAUGCAUACAGAAUGCAACAGUUCUGAGGUUAAAAAGGCUUCCACCCCAAUUUCAGAAGACUUGGGAGGCCAGGCAGGGUACCCCUGAGAGGGCAGUGUGUGCAGCUGUGAGUGUGAAGCCAAAGGUGCAGUGGAGACCCCACUAGUUUAGAAAAGCCACAAGUGUAGAUCAUCUAAGGAAAGCUGCGAGGAGGGAGCAAUGCCAGCCCACGAGGGAAGCUAUUUGCCCUGUUGGAUUUUGGACAGUCCUUUGUAUCUCAGUUUGUGCCUGUUGUAAUGAAAAUGUUUAUCUUAUGCCAUUGCAUGUUGGAAGUGUUUAACUUUGUUUUCACUUGUACAGGGGCUUGCAGAUGAGUUUGCCUUAUACUUCUGCGGAGACUUGGGACUUGGACUUUACAGCAAUGCUAAAAUUGUUAGGACUUUGGCAACUCUUACAGCUACACCAGAGGCUGCAUGAACGCUGAGCACGUCAGGUGCAUUUCUCUGGACAAUCUUAUGCCAGAGGUGCUGUGACUCCGUUUGCAGAUGGGAAAACUGAGGCUCCUCCAGGCUAAGUGACUUUUUAUUGCAAGUGGCAGUGCCAGCCUUCUUGGCUCCAAAGCCUGUGCUUGCCAACGAUGUGAAGCUUUACUUCAGGAAAAAGUAUCACAAUUUACUCUGCCUGGAAGUCUAGGAGUCAUUCUUGGGAAAACACAUUUUCUUCCAUUCUGCUUCCCAUUGCACAGCAAAUUCCACGGACUGUACCUUCAAAAUCGGCCUCCACUCAUCCACUGCCAUUACUGACUACUGCCCUGAGCCACGGUCUCGUCUCACUGGAUGGUGACAGUCAUAGCAACCUUCUGCUAAGAUCCCUGUUUCCACUGGUGCUACCAACCCCUGCCCAUUCUCCACUGUGCAUCCAGGAUGAAACUGAAAACAGAGUCACAGCACCGCUCCCCUGCUGGACUCCAUAAACGCGAGCACGCUGGCACAGCCUCCCAGAGCCCAUGCCUGACCUCCUACACCAGUCCAGGUUCAUUCCCGCACUUUGGGUUGCCUCAUGGACUCUCCAAUGCCACAUCCUUGUGCCAGCUGAGCCCCUGUCUGGAGCGUUUCUUCCCCUCAUAUCCACAUGGCUACUCUCUCAUUAUGUUCAGCCCUCUAUCAGAUGUCACUUCCACGAGAGGCCACUCUUGCAUUAUUUCCUUCGUAUCUUAAAAAUUUAUUAGUUUUCUUUUCUCCACAAAGGCAGGGUUUCUGUUGCCUUGUUCACUUCUAUAUUCAAGCAGCUAAAGUGGUCUAAGUGGUGCCGGGCACGCAGGGGCACCCUGCAGAUGCUCACUACUGAAUGAAUGGGUGCGAGAGGCAAUGAAGGCCAGGGAAGGCCGCCCUCGGGGAAGAGUACGUCAGCUGUGGCUGGAGGGAAGGACUGGGCGUCAGGAGAGGAAGGCAAGGCCUCCAGGGAGACCGUCCCCACAGCAACCAAGGCCCGCGGCCAUGCUGCUCUUGAGGGAAAGCCAGGGCACGCAGCGGGUGGAUGGCGCCUGCAGGGACAUGACGGGAAGCAAGUCAGUGCCCAGGCUGGCAUCCAACUCAGACCCCAGGCCUCUACCUCAUCGCUCUGGCCUGGGCAGACCCAGCAGAUGGGCACUCGGCAAGGGCCUGGGGUCAGCGGAGGUGGGCUCUGCUCCUACAGGACGACUACAGCUUGAAAGCACCUCUCCUGCUAGGGAGCCACCCUUCGCAGGGGCUGCCCUGAGAAACUUGAGCAUAGUAAAAUCUUGCAACUCCUCCCCCUGGGCCAGCACCAACCCAUCCAUCCUCCCAGGAUUAAGGGGCUCUGUAUGCCCAUCUUUAAAGUGUGAAUGCAAGCCAGCACACCGCAGGGCCAGGCUGUGCCGGACCGGGCAGCUCCUGCUCCUCCUGCACGCUAAUCUCUCCUGGAGAGUGACCGCACCCCACCUUCUCAGGCUGUUCAUCAUAAUUAGUUUUUUUCUCCACACACCAUGUCACACUGUAUGUCUUGUCUUUUGUGUGUUGUGGGGUCCUGGCCGCUUUUGAAUCAUAUUUUAUCCUGCUAUUUUGGUAAUAAAUACACAUCCUUCAUUCUUUUUGCCAAACGUCUGCAGCGUGCCUGCCCUGUGCCAGGCGGGCAGCAAGGACCAACUUCCCAUGCUUACCAGGAAUUCCUCUGUGCAGGAUGCUGCUCUUCAGGCUGUGCGUGUCUGUGCUCAGUGCUCACCACCAGUCUCAGGAACAGACUCGUUUGUCCCCAGUUUUCAGGUAAUGAGACUGAGACAUCAAGUCAGGGAGCAGCAGAGCCUGGUGGAAGCCAAACCCGUCCAACCCCAGACCUCUUAAUCAUCGGUCCUACAUCACAUGACAGGGUCUGAGAGAGACAGACAGGGCCCUGCGGGUACAGAAGAUGCGAGACAUUCAGCUUCCACAUGGGAGGGCAAAGAUGGCUGUGAGCAGGUCCCCAGGCUCAGGGGACAAGCCUGCUCCAACAGAAGGACACCAGCCCAGCCACUGGCCCAGAAGCCAGAGGUACCCCAGGUGUCACACAUUCACGGUUUCUAAUAAAGACAAAAAAGAACCACUUGCCUCUGUGUUUAAAAAGAUUUCAUCUGCUUGGCUCCCAGUUUGGGGGCAAGAAAGGAGGAAGUGCGGGUUCCCUGAGCACCUAAUGAGUGUGGGUCCCUCUCUUGUAAUACAGACAGCACAAACGGCAUUCAGGGCUCACUUUUUACAUUUUAUUUUUGGAGACAAGGUCUCGUAAGUCACUAAGUUGCGCAGGAUGGGCUUCAACCUGUGAUUUUCCUGCCUUAGUCCCAGAAUGCCAGGAUGGCAGGCAUCAUAUCCACUUUUUCAGAUGUGAAGACAGAGGCAUCCAUCGACAGGAAGUGAGCAGCAGAGGCGGCCUUCCACUCCCACUACCUCCUUGCAGCUUCCCAGCCCACUUCCUCCCGCCUUUAUCCAGGUUCCUCCAGAGACGAUUCCAUCUCUCAAGGUGAUGAUCGAAAAGCAGCGAGGGUGUCCUUUGCCACCACUUCCUCUCCCCGUUCCUGAUGUCCAGCCUGGCAUCUUUCCUGUCCUCCCAGGUCCUCAUCCUGACAUCCUCCAGGUCUUGCCUCUGAUUUGGCAACCCUUGUCCCCAGGAGCCACCGAGACUCCAUUUUGGAAACCGAAGGUCUCUUUCUUUUAGAGCCUGUGGGACAUGGGACUCACACAGGGUGGUGGAUAAACUCAUGGGCAACUUGUAACACGCAGCUGAACUGAGUCAGUGUGGUGCUGGGCGGGGAAGGUCCACCUGAGGACGGCUGCCAACAGCAUAAAGCAGAACUGGCAGGGAAGACGGUGCGCUGUGGAUUCUCCUGGAGAAGCUUGUCACGCUGGCUUCCUGAUAUGAGCCCAGCUGAUCUCAGCACCGGAGGAGCUCGGGACCGCCCUGUUGCUGAGGAUGGCUGCAGUUCUCUCGGGGAGAGCUCUGGUCCUUACUUUGAGCGUUGCUUCCUGGCUCCAGUGCGGAUCCCUCAGCCUGCUGGCACAGAUCCUUCACCCUGCGGGUGCAGACUUUCUAGCUUCCACCACUGGCCUUUGGGCCUCCCCAGUGCAGAUCCUUGAUACAGACUUGCAUGAGACAUUGUCGUGGGCUCAGAAGGCCUCUAGCAUGGAGGACAUUGCCCUGGGCUCCAGGUCUACAGUUGGACCCGGGCAGGACAUUCUCCUGGGCUCUAGGCCCUCAGCUAAGCCUUUUGGGUCUCGAGGGUGUACAGAUCUCCUGCACUCUUCUGUAUUUGACUCUUUGAGUAUAUAUUAUAAAAUAAUCCUAUAAAAUAAAUUAUAUGUCUUAUAUUAAAUCUAUUGCUUGAAAACCCUGAUGACACACAGGAAACAGUGUUUUUGUUUUACUUUCAAAAUUAAAAAUGUAUUAUUCCUUGUUUUCUUAA